GUUUCAGUAGCCGGGUAAAACUUCACGAGCUGCCAUGCAGUGUCCUGUGUAAGAGUCUGAAGCGAUUGAGUGGACAAAUCUACUGUUAAGAGGCUCUUCUGAGAGAAACUGGUCGAUGAAGAGUGGCAAAAGGUAGGCGGACGAAUGGAUUAUAGGUCAGUUUUUUUGUUACUCUCUGUGUGUGGGCUGACUCGGGCCUUCACAAUGGAUUUGGACUAUGGAGGUGUACCCCUCUGGAUCAACCGUUUUCUAGGAGAGCCGAGCGUGUUGACUUUGAAAGACCGGAUAGAUCCAGGCUGGUAUCGGGCUGUGAACACACAAAGUUGUCCUUUGGAGUGCGACUGCCCAAUUCAGUGGCCGACAGCCAUUUAUUGUGACCACAGAGGCCUUAACCAGCUUCCCUCUGGCCUUCCCUUCCGCCUGCAGUACCUGUUCCUCCAAGGCAAUAAUAUUACUUCCCUUGGAUCCAGAGCGUUUGACAAUACCACCUACUUGCGCUGGUUGAUCUUGGACCACAAUCAACUAUUGAGUGAGCAACUUGAUAAUGUGUUGUUCUCCAGUCUGACCCGCUUGGUAAAUCUGUUCAUAAAUCAUAAUAACCUGACUAAAGUGCCAGCCGGACUGCCAAGCGGACUGAAACAGCUGCGACUCGCAUACAAUCACAUUGAAAAGAUUUCUGAAGGUGAUUUCCAAAAUCUGGACAGUUUGACGUUAAUUUUGUUACAAGGCAAUCGUCUGAAGACUAUCGAAGAGGGGGAUUUCAAAGGUCUUGGAGCCCUCAACCUCCUGGAUCUUAGUCACAACUUUCUGGACACUUUCCCCAAACAUCUGCCUCCAUCUGUCCAGCAGCUAUAUCUCUCCAACAACUCUCUGACUGGACUGUCUGAGAACAGCCUUCAUGGCUUCAGUGGACUUCGCUACCUACGACUCGGACACAACAAGCUGAGGAAUGAAAGGCUUGACCCUGGAGCCUUUAACCUUACGUCUCUGGUAGAGCUGGACCUUUCAUAUAACCGGCUGACAGAAAUCCCCUCAGUUCCAAUCACCCUUCAGUACCUCUACCUUGAGGUUAACCACAUCCAAGAGUUCAACGUGAGCAGUUUCUGCAGGACAGUCGGACCCACAUCAUAUUCACGUAUGAAGAUCCUGAGACUGGAUGGCAAUAAACUGGAGUAUCAUAAGUUGCCUCCUGACUGGGUCUUCUGUCUGCGUGUUCUCCAUAACAUUUACAUUUGAUCUAACAGAAGCAGCCACUCUGUCUUAAGCAGCUCUAGAUUUUACACCAUACAAGCAUGCAAAGCUAUAUCUUAAUAUACUGUAUAUUGCAUUAGGAAGUGUGCCAGCAUGCUAAACUACUCAAUGUUCAAGCUAAGGUGCUGAUAUUUUGAAUGCUCAUGUUGUAAAUGGUCUUGUACUCUAUUUGUACUGUAUAUGAGCAUACAUAUUUUGUGCAAAUCUUGUGCUUUAUCCUAGUGUUUAUGACACAUAUUCCAGGGGUAUAAUGAAAAAUAAACAGUUAUUCGAGC